CAGCCCGACCCUGAUGCCGCAGGUCUCGGCUUUCGUCAGGCACCUGGUGAAGGAGACGGAGCGGGUGAUCGGCGCCUGGUUCCGGGGCGGCGAGGAGGAGGAGGAGGCCGAGGCCGCCGCCAUCGCCCUGGAGCAGCCGGUGACGACGAUGGAGCGGGAUCACGGGGCGGCCAACGGCUUGCGGUUCGGGCUGGCCGCCAUGCAGGGGUGGCGGCCGGAGAUGGAGGACGCGCACACGGUGGUGCCCAGCCUGCCCGGCGCCCUGCGGCCCUGGGCCUUCUUCGCCGUCUUCGACGGACACGGCGGCGCCAAAGUGGCGCGCUACUGCGCGCGGCACCUGCUGCCCCACGUGACCGGCAGCCUGGACCUCCGGCCGCCGGCGGCGCUGUCGGUGGAGGACGUGAAGCGCGGCGUCCGCGCCGGCUUCCUGCGGCUCGACCGCCGCAUGCACAAGCUGUGGCGGCCGGCGGGCGGCGACCGCAGCGGCUCCACCGCGGUGGCCGUCGCCGUCUCGCCGCGGCACCUCUUCUUCAUCAACUGCGGCGACUCGCGGGCCGUGCUGUGCCGCGGCGGCGGCGCCUGCUUCUACACGCAGGACCACAAGCCGUUCCUGCCGCGGGAGCAGCAGCGCAUCCAGCGGGCGGGCGGCACCGUCACCCUGCAGCGGGUCAACGGCUCGCUCGCCGUCUCCCGCGCCCUCGGCGACUUCGGCUUCAAGGGCGCGCCCGGCCGCGGCCAGACCGAGCAGCUGGUGUCGCCCGAGCCCGAGGUGUACGAGAUGGAGCGCUCGGACGCCGACCAGUUCGUCGUGCUGGCCUGCGACGGCGUGUGGGACAGCGUGGGCAGCGAGGAGCUCUGCCGCUUCGUGCACUCGCGGCUGCUGCUCACCCGCGACCUGGAGGCCGUCUGCAGCCAGGUCAUCAACGUGUGUCUGCACAAGGGGAGUCGGGACAACAUGAGCAUCAUCCUGGUCUGCUUCCCAGGAGCUCCCUGCGUGUCGGAGGAGGCCCUUCAAAGGGAGGCCCAACUGGAUGCCAUCAUCGAGGAGAAAGUUCAGGAAAACUUUAAGCGUCAGCUAGACGAAGGAGAGCCCAACCUGUUCUACCUGAUGCAGGAUCUGUCAGAGGAGGAGAUUCCAGACCUCCCCCCAGGUGGGGGGCUGUACAGCAAGAGAGAACUGAUCACCAGUAUUUACAACAAGCUCAAGGAUGAACACAGGGCAGUGAGUUCCAGAGAUUCAGACGAGAGUCGAUAAUGCCUGGAUUUCCAGGUACAGCAUUCCUGAUCAGUGUCACGAGAUCCAUUGAAUGGGGAGCAUGAAUACAUCCAAAAGUCGUGACUAGUCGGAUCAUUUCCAUGAUUUCACCACCCUCCCACACACUCACCCAGUCACUCCUUGCCCUCUCUCCUCCCUCUCUUUCCCUCUCACCCGUCAUUCCCUCGUCCUUCAGCCCCUCAUUCUCCACAUUCUUCCCUGCCUCCAUGACUUCUCGCUCCCUACCCAACCCCCAUAGUUCGCCUCCCCUCCUCCCCCUCCCAUGCCAUGUAUAUAACCAGUUUCCCCAUACAGGGCAAGUGUUUAUCUCAUUUUACCUCUGUGAAGCACUAUCCCAUCCCAGUGUCGAGUGGCGAUCCGAAGUCGGUGUUUGAUCCCUUUAGAGUUUGGGACUCUGACCUCCUUGGGGAGGAAUUGACCAAUUGGACACUGGCUGAAAUCUCAUUGAAUGGUCUCCUUUUGAUCCUCAUGAUCUUCCAAUGUUUAAAGCAGCCCACGUUCAAAUUUCCUGAGAAGGCGGCCAUUCAACCUAUCGAGUCUGUGCAAUCCAAUCACUCAUUUUCCCGCCUAUUCUCUCUCAAUUGUCCAUCAAUUCCCCCUCCUCUUCCCGCCCCACCCCCCACCCCCAUUUUCCUGCCACCCACCCAGACACACACCAGGGGUAAUUUACAGUGGCCAUUCAACCUACCAACCCGCACUUCUUUGGGAAGUGGGAGGAAAUGGGAGCAGGAUUGAACCCGUGUCUCAUGCAGCUUUGAGGCAGUGGCACUACCUACUGUGGCACUGUGCUGUUCCAAAGUGUUGGUCUCCAAUAUUUCAGACUUUGUUGGAGGGAGGGGAGAGGCUCUUUUUCAGAGAACAGUAAAUUAGUCACAAAAAGGUGUUUCGUCCCAUUCACGUAUCUUUUGCCAUUCACUUUUAAUUUGUGUUCCCACAAAUUUCUCCAAAUUUGCAUUGUCAAAACCAUCCAUAUCUUUUAAAUCUCCCCUUAACCUGCUGUGCUGUAAGGAGAAUGACCCCAGUUGCCUCGGUCUCCCCACAGAACUGAAGCCCCGCACCUUCAUGCCCUCUCAAAGACCCCAUCAUCCUCCCAAAAGCAAGGGGUCCAGAAUUGGCCUGAGGGUGAACAAUGACCAUGGGUGAGGGGCUGUGAAAUGAUGCCUUGAAGAUAGCACACCACUUUCGAGGUCUGGGGAAGUAAGUGUUCAAUGUGAGCGGGCGAUACCACGGGCUGAAGGGGCUGAGAUGGGUGGAGGCGAAAGGGAGGCAAUAACUGGGUGAAAUCAACCAAAGGGAACCCAGAGGACCUUCUAAAGUAAAAUACUUAUAAUUAUUGUGCAACAGAGAAAAUAUGUUGGUCUUGAUCUUUGUAUUAAAUUGAUGCCAAUAAUGAGAUUAAA